AUGAAGGGACCUACACGGCCAGCUCCCGCCGUUCCCAGCAUGGGUGUCAGUAGAUACUCUCCUGUCACUAACUGGAAUGAUGAUCCUUUUGGUGCUGAUGUCUUUGAACCGACGCCGUCGUAUGCACAAAAGAAGAAGCCGCCACCAAGGCCGCCGCCGCCCAAAGUGUCUAAACAUCCGGAUAUACCAACAAAACCUUCCCAUUUCAUACGUAAACCUACAGUUCUAUCUUCGAUUUUGGGCCGACACAACAAGAACAAAGUAAUCCAACAGAAUGCGAGCCAACCUAUAUUAGAUGUAAAUAGUGAUGUGGAUACACACAAAAUGUUUCCUAAAUGUGAUCGUGCAAAUGUUCAAAUGGGUACAUUGAUAGACUUAUCCUCGCCUCCCAGUUCUCCAACGUUCACAACAAGAUCCAGUAGUGAUGGUGUUAGUGUUGAUAGUUUUGGUUCAGAUGCAACAACAUCAACUAAUCAUCAAAAUGCAUUCGGUGGUAACGCAUCUCAGGCUGAGAGUGGUUUCGAAGAUGAUUUUGAUCUCUUCCUUAAUUCAAGGAAACCGCUGCACAAAGAUGAUACUAUAGAUGAUUUUGCAAAUGUUGAUCCGUUUUCUCCGUUACCCUCUAAAACUGUAACGAAGAAGACUGUUUUCAGUUCUGAGUCCUAUGAGACGUCUAGUAUAACGAGUAGUCAAUAUUCCGUGCCUCCUUUGAAAGGACCAACUAUAAUCCGUGCAAAGCCAGCAAGACCAAAGCCUCCAGAUAAUUCAGCAUUGUUAAAGAGCACAUUUGGAAGCGAUUUCCAUUUGACCUCGAUGAAUGUCAAUACCACAACACCAAUUACCAAAAUUAGUAAUGGCUUCAAUAACUUUGUGGAAACGAAGCCAGAUAUAACCUUCACUUGGGAUUCAUCACCUGAACGGGAUUCUUCACCACCUAUGCCAACGAUCCCCCCUCCCCCGCCGCCGGUCAUCACCGAUGAGGAUCUACCAGUUGUAUGGCCCGAGGAUUUGGAUGAUGAUGAUGAUGAUGAUGAUGAACCAUACGCGAUAGCACUAUUCGACUAUCACACGGGCCAUAGGGAAGAUUUGUCGUUCACCGUUGACACUCGGAUUACUCUGAUAAGGCGGGAAAACGACGAGUGGAUGUAUGGUAGGUUGCAGAAUGGUAGCGAAGGUCUCUUUCCAACCAAUUACGUCGAGGUGAAGGUGCCGCUGCCGAACGAACAGUCUAACAGUAUAGGCACGGCGAUAGCGUUGUACGACUUUGAACAGAUGCAAUCCGGCGAUUUAAAUUUCAGUGUCGGCGAUAAAAUAACAGUUCUAUCAAAAAUAAACGACGAAUGGCACUACGGUGAGUGCAAUGGCGCCAAAGGACAGUUUCCCGCCAAUUACGUUAAAAUGAGUUAG